AUGACAGCAAAUAAUAACCAAGAAGGCGAUCAAGACAACGAAUUUAUUAUACCCGAAUCUGUGAUAAACCAAAUUUUAAACUAUAAUAAUAGCAAUACUACAACUUCUGGGUUUACUAGACAAGAUAUAAACAUAUUAAUAACACAUCACGAAAAUAUGAGUGAUAUGCCCUCAACAACAAAUGUUUUUAACAAUAUUAAUAUUAACAAUGACCAAGAUAAUCCUAGGGGUAUAUCUCAUAUUUCAGAAAGAAGAAAUAGAGCAUUACGUAGAUUAUUACAGUAUUUAUUGGUUUUGGAUCGUUUACUAUUAGCAGUUUUCUUCCCACUAUCCAUAUACAAUCUAACCAAGGCAUUAAUGAACGGGGUCACAUUUAGUAAAUUAGGUAUCGCCGAGGAAAUAUUAAUGUAUUGGGAUAAUGUUAACGUUUUACAACAACAAUCUUGUACUACUGAUACUAAUUUUGGGAUUGAUUUAUUAUAUAUUUCCAACGAAAACUCAGGAUUACUAUCCAAAUUUCACAAUGUUUUAGUAUACUAUACCCAAGAAUUUAUACUGCCAUAUCUAAAUAAUGAUAAUUAUAGUAGUGGCAUAACGUACGCGAUUAAAAAACUAACACUUACAUGGUACCCUAGAUUGAUAAAAUUAAACACUCUUGUUAUAUAUUUAGGUUUUGGAAUAUUUACAAGUACAUAUUUUUGCUUUGCGGUCUGCUUUUUUUUCGUCUGUAUUACAUUAAGUUUUUUAAGAAGAUAUUUGUCUGUAAUGAGAGUCGUUAAUAAAUUAACUAGCGCAACAUUACAAUGGUAA